AAUAAGGCAAAAACAUAUUUUGGAAAAGGCAGAGUUUGAUUGAUAAAAAAUGAUAUUGCCUCAUCUAUCAUUAUUAUUAUGAUGUCAAGAUGGGAGAAAGCGAGACAAAUACGUACAGAGAUCUACAUUUUCCGGCUUUACUGGUCGGAGGUUCUUUCGCCGCCGUCGCAAUAUGUCUCUCCCUUUUCCUUAUCCUCCAGCACCUCCGUUACUACACCAACCCCUCUGAGCAAAAAUGGAUUGUUCCUGUUUUGUUUAUGGUCCCUGUUUACGCCACUGAAUCUAUAAUUUCCUUGUCCAAUGCAAAACUCUCACUGCCUUGUGACAUUUUGAGAAAUUGCUAUGAGGCUUUCGCUUUGUACUCCUUUGGAAGUUACUUGGUCGCUUGUCUAGGUGACACAACCCUUUUGUGCUCUAUCUCUCUCUUGUCUGAAUCCAGAACUAUGUUUAUGUUUAAACCAAACUAUCCAAUAUGUAUAUGCUCAGGUGGUGAAAGAAGAGUUGUUGAAUUGCUCGAAGAUGAAUCAAAAGAACCAUUACUAGAAGGAGAAGAGAAUAAGAGUGAGAAGAAGACGCAGAAGCAGAGGAAUCCAUUAUGGAAGUUCUUGUGUGAACCAUAUGUCUUGGGUCCUGAGCUCUUUGUCAUAGAGAAGUUCGGUCUUGUCCAAUAUAUGAUCCUCAAAACCUUUUGUGCAUUCUUGGCAUUUUUGUUGGAGCUUCUCGGUGUUUAUGGUGAUGGUGAAUUCAAAUGGUAUUACGGAUAUCCAUACAUAGAGGUGGUGCUAAACUUCAGCCAGAUGUGGGCUCUCUUCUGCCUAGUCCAGUUCUACAACGUGACUCACGAACGCCUUAAAGAAAUCAAACCCUUGGCCAAGUUCAUCAGCUUCAAGGCCAUCGUCUUUGCCACUUGGUGGCAAGGCUUCGGCAUCGCGCUGCUUUGCUACUACGGCGUGCUUCCAAAAGAAGGAAGGUUCCAGAACGCACUGCAAGAUUUUCUCAUUUGCAUCGAGAUGGCCAUAGCAGCGGUGGCGCAUAUCUUUGUUUUCCCAGUUGAGCCUUACCACUACAUCCCGGUCUCAGAGUGCGGUAAAAUCACGAGGACGAAGACGACGGAGGUUAAGCUAGACGAAAGUGGCCGUGUUGUUGAGAAGAAGGAGACUCAUGUUGAAGCAUCGGGGACGAGUAUUAAGGAGAGUGUACAGGAUAUAGUUAUGGACGGUGGUCAGCAUGUUGUGAAGGAUGUGGUUCUGACGAUAAACCAAGCGAUGGGACCGGUUGAGAAGGGUGUGACGAAGAUUCAGGAGAAGCUUUUGGAUUCGGAUGGUAAGGAAGAAGAAAAAGCAGAAGUGACCGUUGGGACUUCUGUGGAGAAAAAAGAUCAAUGAGGUCAGCUCAGCCUUCGACCUGUGAUGAAAUUUUCGGACUCUAGUGGUUUUGUUGAAACUGAAACAUCUGCUCAUGGAAAUGUGAGAGACAUAAUGUCUAUAACGAGUUUACAGUGAACAAGUCUUUUUCACUAUA